UAUUCCAACUAGUUUCAAUCAGACCGAUUUCGUGCACCGCUGAAAGCAGCGGCGCGAGCCGACGAAGAGCUUAGCAAACAAAUCGCAGCUUCUGGUCAAAAGAUUCUGGACUGCGACACAAAGAUCGCAGAGCUCUCGUCACACAUGCGAAUACUUCGAGCUCGGCCUACCUAUGAAAAGGAGUUCAAGGCCACGCAGGAAGAGCUGAAUGCCACCCAAGCAGAGCUACGCAAGCUCCAGGCUCAGCCCACAUUCAGGAAGGAGCUGAAUGAUGCUCACAACCAACUUCGUAGUCUCCAAGCACGGCCGACCUACAAGAAAGAGCUCGAGGCCGCACAAGCAGAAUUGAAUGCCACACAAGCAGAGCUACGCAACAUCCAGACUCAGCCUACUUACGAAAAGGAACUGAAGGAAGCUCAAGAUGAACUUCGCAUCCUCCAGGCUCGGCCUACAUACGAGAAGGAGUUUAAGACCACGCAAGCAGAGCUACGCAUCCUCAAGGCUCAACUCACAUACGAGAAAGAAAUAAGGGAAGCUCAAGACGAACUUCGUAGCCUCCAGGCUCAGCCCACGUACGAGAGGGAGCUGCAGGUGUCGCAGACCACGUUGAGAGCCUCCCGUGAGGAGCUCAGGCUGGCGAACCAGGCCUACACCACAUCUCAACAGAGAUGUAACACGCUGGAACAACGUAUGGAGGGCAUGGUUGACCGCGAGAGGCUAGAUAGUGUCAUGCGGGAGGCAGAAGAAGUAUUCUGGUUGAUGAGAAAAGAGAGGUUGGUGGCGGAUGCACGAAUCCAAGCCCUGAAAAGAAGUUCCUGGGCAUUGUUCGAGGCCAUCGAAUCCAAUGGAGUACUCAACCAACAGGUUAUCUCUGGUCCGGUAGCUGAACUAGCUCAGUGUCGGAGUGACUUCGCUGGCCUUCAAGACGCGUGGAACGCAGUCGUGAGCAGGUUCGAAACGUGGUGUAAUCAGUAGACUGGAAGGCAGACGUCAUGUGGUAGAUCAAUGCUAGAAAUGUAUAACACACGGGAGACAUGGUCAUCCACCAUCUCUGUCAUUCACCACCUCAGUCAU